UAACUCUGAACCUUCCCAUCAUAAUAGUGAAGGAGCAGAUAACUCCAGGGAGGAUUCUAGCAGCCACAGUGGAUCUGAAAGCAGCUCUGGAUCUGACUCAGAGAGUGAAAGUAGUUCCAGUGACAGUGAGGCAAAUGAGCCAUCCCAGAGUGCGUCUCCGGAGCCCGAACCACCACCAACAAAUAAAUGGCAACUUGAUAAUUGGUUGAAUAAAGUGAAUCCACAUAAAGUGUCACCAGCUUCCUCUGUAGAUAGUAACAUACCAUCAUCUCAAGGCUACAAAAAAGAAGGCCGAGAACAGGGGACUGGGAGUAGCUACACUGAUCAGGGUGGGCCUAAAGAAACAAGUUCUGCUACUCCAGGACGAGACUCCAAAACUGUCCAAAAGGGAUCGGAAAGUGGGCGCAGCAGGCAGAAAUCUCCUGCACAAAGUGACAGCACAACACAGAGGAGAACUGUAGGCAAAAAACAACCCAAAAAAGCUGAGAAAGCAGCUGCUGAAGAGCCUCGUGGCGGGUUGAAGAUAGAAAGUGAGACCCCUGUAGACAUGGCUACUAGCAUCCCCUCCAGCAGACACAAAGCAGCCACCAAAGGCUCAAGGAAGCCGAAUAUAAAAAAAGAGUCCAAAUCUUCUCCUCGGCCUACAGCAGAGAAAAAGAAAUAUAAGUCAACAAGUAAAUCUUCCCAGAAGUCACGGGAAAUCAUAGAAACAGAUACCUCGUCCUCAGAUUCGGAUGAAAGCGAGAGCCUUCCCCCUUCCUCACAAACUCCUAAGUACCCUGACAGCAAUAGGACUCCUGUUAAGCCCUCCUCUGUGGAGGAAGAAGAUAGUUUUUUUCGGCAACGAAUGUUCUCUCCUAUGGAAGAGAAGGAACUCCUUUCACCCCUCAGUGAGCCUGAUGACAGGUAUCCACUUAUCGUGAAGAUUGACCUGAAUCUCUUGACUAGAAUACCAGGAAAGCCUUACAAAGAAACAGAGCCACCCAAGGGGGAAAAGAAAAAUGUGCCAGAAAAGCACACAAGAGAGGCUCAGAAGCAAACUUCAGAAAAAGUUUCUAACAAAGGCAAGAGGAAACAUAAG